CGAAAAUUUAGCAGCAUUACACGUGUGCAGACAAUAUUGGCGCGUGGCGCAUUCUUGCAGUGCCACCAAUAUCCGACCGACCUUCUCCACCACUUUAUAACCACCAUCGAGAAAUCAUACAAUUUGCACAAAAAGAAUCUAUUUUAGUAUCAAAAUUUGAAAUCAAAAGCCAGAGGGAAUUUCAAAGGAAAAAAAUGCAUUCGACAAAGCAGAAAGUGAGCGAUGCCGCCGCCGUAGCCAAAGAGCACGUUGACAUCCUUAAAGCCAAAGCUCAAGAGAAGGCCGAGAAAGGGAUGGCUAGGAGCAAGGAAGAGAAAGAGGUGGCGCACGAGGUUCGGAAGGCUAAGGAAGCCGAAGCCAAGAUGAAAAUGCACGAAACUAAAGCUCAAAAUGCCCAGGACAAGUUGUACGGUGAGCAUCAUGGCUUGUACGGCAAGCAUCACCACCAGCCGGUGGGGUCCGCCUUUCCGGCGACCGGUGGGGUUGCUCCGGCGUAUCCACCCACGGAUCCAACUUUGAAGUAAAAAUAAAAUAUAUAUAUAUAUAUAAAUAUAUAUAUAUAUAUAUGUGCUUACGUUUCUAUUUUUAAUUUUACUAGUAUUUGGGGUCUGUAUUUGUAUUAAGCUAGUAAUUAGUUUCGUAUGAAUAAAUGGAGAUUGAAUUUAAUUAAUUUUCGGAUUGAAU